AGUCAUUUCUUACAUUAAAAUACAUUUGGAUAACAUCAUAAACAUUUAAAAUAUUAAUUUAGUGUGUUAAAGAUAGUAUAAGCGAUAUAAAAUGGGAGACUGUCAAGUUAUUGAGUCCUCUGACCGGCACACUCUCUACAAGGCAGAUAGACAUGGCCUAAGAUUUAAAAUAAAAACUACUGGAUUUGGACCAUACAUCUUAUUGACUGCUAGUCAUAAACCAAGUUUGCAACUUUAUAAGAUCAUUUUAGGACAGGAAACCAGAGUCAUGAACUUGUGCGAAGGAACUGAGAUGAAAUUCCCUUCUAAAUGUAUAUCACAUUUUCUGGAUCACAAACAUUUAUGGGUGACCUGGUACAAUAAUAAAAUCAAAGUGGGAAUGAUAGGUGAACAAAUACCUUUUGUUGAAUAUGAUCGGCUGUACACUGAGCCGAGUGUAGGAUUUGUUCAAUUCAAAACAUCAUGCAGGCAUGGGGCUCCCAUUGAAUGGAUCAUUGAGAGCUCACCAGUUAUUUUAAAAACAGUAGCUUGUAGGAGAUUUAAUGAUAAACUCUGCUGGCAACCUCUGGAUAAUGGCAAAUUACCUCAUGAUGCAAUGGUUGGGGGCUUCGAAAAUGAAUUGACAUACAUUGCCAGAUCUCAUCACAACAACUCAUUAUGCCCUGGAAAGUAUGUUCCAUCAAUGGGUGUAGCAUUUGUCCCUUGGGGUCAUAGGGAACAUAGUAAAGAAGAAUUUGAGAUAUUAUGCGGAUUCAAUGCUAAGUGGGUGAAAACAAAAUGCAAUCACAUUCCGACUAAUGCAUUUAUUGGUGGGUAUUCCGAAGUGCAAAAUGAACCUUUGUAUAUAGGGAGAGCUAUGUACGACGGCAAACUGUUGAUAGGCAAAGUUCAUGUUCGCUACGACUUGUGCUAUUUGCCGUAUCACGGAAGAGAAGUUGAGAUAUCAACUUACGAGAUACUAGUCAUACCUGAAGAUGCAAUACGGCAGUCACUACCUACGCACCCAAUGUUAUGCUUGCAUUAAUGCAAUGCGAAAACUAAGCUAAUACUGCAACUGGUUGAACGAACUGUACAUUUAAUCUUAAAAUAAUAAACUAUUUAUACAUAUAUCAAA